UGAUGUCACGUUGAUGUAUAAUUUAAUCUCAUUCUUUGUCAUUCUUAUUUCUUGAUCUUCUUGUAAUAUUAAAAUAAUGUUGAAUUCCUGCUCUUCGUUUGUGUCAUGUAUAUUUAAAUAAUGUCCUUGGAUGAACAGCUACGAGUAUAAUCUUUUGACAUAUUGCUGAUGUUUUUCAAAGAUUCCGUUAUUAUUGAUAAGAUAAAACGAUAUAGACAUUAUUUACUAAUUACUGCAGUCAUUAAACAACGAGGAUGAUAUCAGGCUGGCAAAAGAAUGUAGAGAAUCAACUAUGUGCAUGAUACAACUGAAUGAAUUCCUUUUUAUACUUCUUCAAAGCCUGAAUAAGUUUAUAUAAGGGUUUACAUCAAAACAUGCAGCCUAUAACUUAGAGCAGGGUAUUAAAAUGGAUAUUGUCAAUAUGGAUGAAGGCAGAUAUGAGCCUAGAGAGAGUUUACCCAGCAGUAGUGUAGAAAGUGAUGCAUCAAGCAGUAUCUUUGAAAGCUAUGAUACAAGUGAACAAACAAGUGACACAGAGAAGCAAUCUGACGAUGAUGAAGACUUGAAAGAGGAUUUACAAAAAAAUAUACCUGAAUGCUAUAAGUCUGAUUCCAACUUUACAUCACAUACAUCUAACAUCACAAAUGAUGAAGAUUUUCAAGCAACAGCUUUAUGCCAGUUUAUGGAUAUUUUGAAUGAUUUAGAUGAGGUUUUGGACAAGUCCCUUUUAGCUUGUCUCGAUGAUAGUACAAAAACAUUUGAUAGCGAUGAAGAGGAUCUCAUAUGUAAAAUUAAAGAAUGUAUCGGUGAUAGAGAAGAUAUCGCCGAACAAUCUGAAUCACAAAGUUCCUUGGACGACAAUACACAAGUUGUCUGUUCCAUCGGAGAAUCGUCAACGCAAAGGACUGAAGUAGCUAUAAUAGAGGAAAAUCCCAUAGUUAAGCCACAGUUAAGUACACUAGGACGAUCAAAAAGCGUUUCGGACCUUUCCGAAAAUUAUAGACAACCAAGUCCAACUUUGGAACGAGUUAGCACGACAAAUGAUAAUUUACGAAAUUCAAUGAGGCGGUUGGAUCCGAUUUUAUUACCAGCAAUUUCUACUCAAGAACCACAAGGAGAAGCUUUGACUUUGCCAGUUAUUUUGUUCUUAGAGCAUCAUGUGAACUUACGACCUACAAGUGCCCCAAUACAGUUGCAAGUUACAGCUGCUAAUUUGAGCCAGGAGAGUGCAUCAGGGCCUCUUAUUGUGGGACGUAGAACAUUAUUGAUGAAUAGAGCUUUAUCAUUGCCAUCUCCAGGUGAAAGUGAAAUUACGGCGGAAUGGACUGGACGUAACACAGCACGUAGUACUGCGCGGAGUGGAAGCGUUUCGAGUUCUUCAACUGAGUCUCUUAAUGGCAUACCUCCAGUAAACCAAAGCCCUUUUAUUGGCACUGACGAAAGAAAUGACGAUAAUGAGGAGCCACCUUUUGGAGUAUGGCCGCAUCGGAUGAGUUCAAUGUUGGCAUGCCUUAGCUGUACUGUGGGGAUAUUUAACAUUUCCAGAUUUGCUAUGUUCAGUGUUCAUUUUGGAGCAAGCUUCAUAGUCCAGUUCUUCAUGUUGUCUCUCGGGAUUGGAAUACCCUUGUUCACAUUGCAUCUAUGUUUGGGACAAGUUUUGGAAGCGGGGCCUAUAGACAUGUGGAGGAUAUCUCCUAUAUUUCAAGGUGUCGGAAUAACUCUGCUAUUGAUACAGGCUGUUAUUGGCAUAUACAGUAUAAUGGGAUUAUCUUGGAUAUUCGUUUACUUCCGAGAUUCAUUCAUUACCGCAAAUGAUAAAUACAAAUGGGCGCUACCACAUGAUUUUAGCUUUGAUGAUCCAGGACUAAGAAAUAGUACAAACAGAAUACAUGAGACGCUACCGCAGUAUUUCCAUGGGGAAGUGUUACAGCGUAAUUUGAACAAUAAUAACUUUGGAUCAAUUAAAUUCCAAGUGGCCUUCAAUCUGGCUGUUGUGUGGAUGAUCGUGUUCGUGUCCUUGAGUAAGGGGCUACGGUCGUAUGGCAAGGCUGUCUACAUGUUGAUAUUUCUGCCAAUAUGCGGAACUCUGAUAUUGUGCACAAAACUACUUACACUCAUACCUUACGACACCGUGACGAAUAUCUUCGCAGAAACAGAAUGGAGUGAAUUCUUCAUCAAUAGUAAUAGUUGGGCAGCAGCGGUCCAAGAAACGUUUCUAACAUGGGGUCUCCUCGGCGCUUGUAUAAUGCAGCUCACAGCACAUAAAGACGCUAAACACAAGACUAGCUCGAUGUUACAGCGCGAAAGCGCGUGUGUGGUCGCCUUUACAUUCGCCGUGCUGUUGUUAGCCGCCUUUUUGGCGAACACGUGCGUGCAAAUAUUGAAGAAUAAUGGAUACGUGUAUAUACCGGGUAGUUUUGAAACAAUAAAAUCAUCCCAAUUCCUAUGGCCCACAUCGGAGCCGAUGCCUGGGAACACAGUGUCCACGCCCGUUAGAUACAUGACGCAAUACGGGAGUUUAGUGGGAGUGUCGGUGUGGCCAACCGGCAACGCCGCUAAAACGUUUAGCGGCUGGCAACCGCUACAACUGGCAACGCAGAUCGUGCCCGCGACGUUGGCUGUUCUGCCUUCUAAUGUGCUAUCACCAGCAUGGGCAGUGAUAUUUUACUUCAUCCUAAUAAUGUUCGGGUUGGCCCAACAGUUGGCCAUAUGGCAUUGUGUGAUUACCGGCAUAAUGGCCAUUAAUUACGAAGUUCUCAGGAUAUGGGAAACAACUAUUACAUUCUUCAGUUGUGUGUUUGGACUCGCAAUGGGAUUGCUGCUGUCUACUGAUGCGGGGAUCCGCGUGGUGCACUUCGUGGACUACGUGUGGGUGGGCGCGUGGUGGCAGGGCGGCGUGCACGUGGCGCUGGCCGUGGGCGUGUUCGCGGUGCGCGGCCGGCCCUACUCGCCCGACGGCGUGGUGGGCGCGCUGUACGGGCCCGGCUCCCGGCUCGCCGCCGCGCUCGCCGCGCUGCUCAGCUUCACCUGGACCGUGGUGCUGCCCGUGUCGCUCUGUGUGAGUAGCGCCGCCCACUCGCCCGACGGCGUGGUGGGCGCGCUGUACGGGCCCGGCUCCCGGCUCGCCGCCGCGCUCGCCGCGCUGCUCAGCUUCACCUGGACCGUGGUGCUGCCCGUGUCGCUCUGUGUGAGUAGCGCCGCCCACUCGCCCGACGGCGUGGUGGGCGCGCUGUACGGGCCCGGCUCCCGGCUCGCCGCCGCGCUCGCCGCGCUGCUCAGCUUCACCUGGACCGUGGUGCUGCCCGUGUCGCUCUGUGCAAUUUGCGUAAUGGACUUCCGUGUCGGCCAUCAACGUCAAAUGUAUACUUGGAGAAAACCUGCAGGAUACUGGCCAAUAUGGUGUCGACAGACAGCUGUGUGUGCGCAAAUCGGAGCGCUCAUGUUGUUGCCUUUUGCUGCGCUCGUUCAAACUUGGAGACACUUAACUAAGGGACCACCUGAUAUUCUUGAGCGCUUCCAGAACCUCUACCGUCCCCGUAUGGGCGCAGCGCACGAGUCUCCUCCACCAGGUCCAGCAGUACCGCCAGCAGUACCGGCGAGACAACCGCCAGACCCUCCGCCGAAGUAUACACCACCACCGUCGUAUAGUACUGCGACGGGUGCAAGGCUACUCAAUACAUUACGUAGGAGCUUUAGGACGCUGCGAAGAAUAACAUCACAACGCGUCGACCAAUCAGAAGAAACGGCCCAACUGCCGAUCACACUAAGCGAAAGCGUCGACCGCCAACCGGAAAUGCAACCGCCAGAAUAUUCUGGAACAUUCGCGGCGCCUUCCAUCACGAUCACAGACGAGACCGACUCACACAGACCGACAUCGUCACACUCACUCACACUCACACGGGACUUCUUGCGACGUUCCUUUGUACGCAAGAGCGAUUCGGCGAAAAGCAUUCGAUCGAGUCUUCGGAGGAGUUUUAAAUAUGGAAUAAACAGCGCGCUAACAACGAGCCACGAACAUUUGGUGCGAGAUGCCGAACCGAUAUCGAACACGGUCGCCAUGUCCGCCAUGUUGGAUGGCGCGCACGCAAGGAGCAUCGCCUCUGUGAUAUAACCGCCUUAAUAAAAUCUUUUAAAACAUUUUGCAUCACAUUUAUCACAAUUUAUCAUUCCGAUGAUGUAUUUAUGUAGACUAUUUUAAUUGAAAAAUGAAGUUGCAUUUACAUUUAAAAUAUAACG